AUGGCGGUGGUGGAAGGGGGCGUCGGAAGGGCGGCGGAAGGGAUGGCGCGGGGGGUGGAGGGAGAGGCAAGGGAAACGCUUCCCGCAGGGAGGGAGGACGGCGCAGUGGACACGCUUCCCGCGGGGAGCGAGGAUGGGGCAGGGACGAAGGCCUGGACAAGUACCGCCCGCCCCCGGACGAUGGCCACGAUGCCCCGGCGUUCACCGUCCACCCGACCGGUGCCGGCCGUGCGGCCCGCGGCGGCGGCGGCGGCGGCGGAGGCGGAGGCGGAGGCGCAAGGGCUAGCGCUGAGGGUGGAGGGAGAGGGUGGGGAAACGCUACCCACGAUCAGCGAGGAUGGGGCAGCGAGGAACGCGAUGGCUACAACUACCGCCCGGCCCGCAAUGAUGGCCACGGUGUCGGUGCGGCACGCGGUGGCGGCGGUGGCGGCGGUGGCGGUGCCGGCGGCGGCGCAAGGGUGGGCGCGAAGGGUGGAAGGGGAGGCGGGGGAAACGCUACCCGUGAUUGGCCUGGACGGGACAGGGGCCACACCUUUAGGCACUAUGGCCCACAACCCGGUGAUGGCCAAGAUGACGUCGCUUCGGCGCGCGGUGGUAGCGGCGGCGGCGCAAGGGCGGGCGCGAAGGGUGGAAGGGGAGGCGGGGGAAACGCUACCCGCGAUUGGCCAGGACGGGACAGGGGCCACACCUUUAGGCACUAUGGCCCACACCCCGGUGAUGGCCAAGAUGACGUCGCUUCGGCGCGCGACAGUUAUGGUGACGGCAGUCACUCUCGCUGGGGCCAAGGUCGCGGGGGUGGCGGCGGCGGGGGUGGCGGCGGCGGCGGCGGUGGUGGUGACGGCAGUCACUCUCGCCGGGGCCAAGGUCUCAGCGGCGACGGCGGCGGGGGUGGUGGUGGUGGCGGAGGCCAUGUCUCCCCGUUGCGAGGUGGCAGGUUCCGGAGCGGGGCCGACGUUGCACGGACGGGGAAUGGCGCACGGCGACAGGGGUCACUUCCACUCGGCGCAAGGUGGAAGCCAGGGCCGUGGAGGAGGGACGGCAAACAGGGGAGGGCCGGACAUGGGGGUGGAUGCGGCGGGACCUAUGGGGUGGGUGGGGCCGAUGGGCAACCCAGGGAGGGGCUUCGGGGCGGCGGGUGCGGCGGCGUCGUCCAACACGACCGAAGCCCCUGGAGGAUGGCCGCAUGGCUUGGAGGAGGUUGCGGACCUCGACGACGUGUCACCGGCUGGGAACCCCAGAAAGCCGCGCAAUCUGGCGGAGGAGAGGCUCCAACUUGGGCGGGAGAAGUUCCAAAGUGACAUCAUGCAGAAGAUAAGGGGAUGGGAGGCUCGCGCGGCGGCACGCCUGCAGGUGGUGGUGAGGGACCGGGAGGGGAGGGAGUUCACGUGCGGAGAACGCAGGCGACUGACGUCGAUGGCUGCCCGCCGAGAGGCGGAUGCGUUGCGGGCGGCGAUUCUGACGAGGGCGAGGGCGAAGGUUGCCUUGUCUCUGCAGCGGGCAUUCCGGGCUCGGCGGCGGAGCAGGGCGAAGGCAGCGACAGCAGUAGCGCGGGAGCAGGCGGCGCGGGAGGCUCGCGCGGCGGUACGCCUGCAGGCGGUGAUGAGGGGCCGGGCAGGGAGAGAGUUCGUGCGCGGAGAGCGCAGGCGACUGGCGUCGAUGGCUGUCCUGGUGCAGGCGGCGUACCGGGGACGGGCUGCCCGCGGACACGUGGCUGAGUGGCGGGCGGCGAGGGAGGCGAGGGAGAGGGCAGCGGCAGCCGCGGCGGCGGUGUCGGCAGCGCUCGAGGGGGUGGUGGCUGGCGUGGUGGAGGCAAGGGACGCAGCAGCGCGGGAGCAGGCGGCCCGGGAGGCUCGCGCGGCGGUACGCCUGCAGGCGGUGAUGAGGGGCCGGGCAGGGAGAGGGUUCGCGCGCGGAGAGCGCAGGCGACUGGCGUCGAUGGCUGUCCUGGUGCAGGCGGCGUACCGGGGACGAGCUGCCCGCCGACACGUGGCUGCCCUGCGGGCGGAGGCAGCGGCAGCCGCGGCGGCAGCGCUGGAGGGAGCGGUGGAGGAACAGAUGGCUCGCAUCGAGGCAGAGGAAGCCAGGGCAGCGGCGGCAGCGGCUACAGCGCUGGCACGGAGGAAGGGGUGGUGGUGGUGGCAGGUGGUCAUGCUGCUGAUGACUGUGGUCGUGGCAGUUGGCACUUGGCCAGUCCUGCUGCUGCAAGGGCCGCUGAGCGUGCCGUGCGGGCGCACCUCGCUGGCGUCCGGCGAAGGGCCGAUGGCGGUCGGCGAGUGCGUCGAGUCCGAGGGGGGCUCGCGGUACCUGGGCUGGGUGCCGGGUGUCAGCUGGAAGGCACGGCUGACCGUCACCGACGACGGAGCCGUGUACUCGGGCACGGACGGGAAGGAGGUGCCCUUUUCCGCCGUCCUCGGCAAGGACCUGAGCGGCAACGGCGGCGACGGCGGCGACGACGGCAACGGGCAGGACGGGGCGGGGGGCAUGCUCUGUUCCGCGGAACGGCUGGUCCGCAGGGCCGUGCCGUUCAUCGGCGACUUCGAGCACCGCGCACGCAUGCGCGGGGAGAAGCUCGUGGUGGGGCGCGGCUUUUUCUGCCGCACCCACGAGACCCCCCGCCGCCCGCCGAGGAGCGUCAUCGACGCUCUAUUUCGGGGCCGCGGCGGCGGGGUGGCCAGCUUUUCGGAGCACACCGGCGACCUGCACGUGGUCAACUCCCGUGGCAAGGUGGUGUGGGAGGGGAAUGAUCGCGAUCAACUGCUGUGAUCGUGUUGUCUGUCUGCGGAUACAACGGGGGCCGGGUCGGGAGUGUUGUUCGGGCGGGGAGACUAUUCUUAUUGCGAGCUGACUUGGUCAGGAGUGGAGCGCCCUAUUUGCCGCUUCGUGCCAUGUCGACCGUUUUUUUUGUGGAGAGGAAGGUUUUGUUUUUCCGUUUUGUUUUUCCGCGCUUUGUGUUCAAGUACAACCUCUCUGCAUGUGUUGUAGGAUAUGCUGCUGCUGCUAGCGGACUUCAUCUGCAGCCCUUGCUGCAUAGCACUGCGUUCGCACUUUUGUUCCGUCUAUUAUUUUUUCGCUUCGCUUGGCAUAGUUUGCACAUGUCGUCGAACGACAAUGCCAUCGGAUGUAUUACCGAUGUGUCUGCCUUCAGGUAGGGCUGUAGUUAUUGCGAGUUUACGGGGACGGUCUUGGGGCGCUCUUGUGGCCGCUUUAUCGAGUGAUAUUCGGGUGGGGACACCGCUUUUUUUUUGUCGAUUCUUUGGAAGUACCUCUGCAUGUCUGUGUCUGAUCUGCUGCGGCUACCGGGAUUGAUCCCGGUAAAACAGUGGAGGAAAAAACUUGACUGCUGUUGGUGCUUGCAAGAAGCCGAUGGGAAUGCUUGAGUUCAUUUGUAGCCCUUGCUGCAUAGCGUUGCGUUCGCGCUUUGUUCCGUACAUUUUUUUGUCCUUCGCUUUGCACAGUUUGCAUGUGUCGUCGAACGACAAUGCCAUCGGUUGUAUUACGGAUGUGUCUGUCUUCAGCUAGGGAGACCGACGGCUGUACUUAUAGCGAGUUUACGGGGACGGUGUUGGAGCGCUCUUGUGGCCGCUGUAUCAACUGAUAUCCGGGUGGGGAUACCCUUUUUUUUUGUCGCUUCUUUGGAAGUACCUCUGCAUGUCUGUGUCUGACCUGCUGCGGCUACCGGGAUUGAUCCCGGUGAAGCAGUGGAGGAAAAAACUUGACUGCUGUUGGUGCUUGCAAGAAGCCGAUGGGAAUGGAUGCUUGAUUGCCAAGGCAUUUUGUUCUAUUCCCCCACCCACCCCCCGAUAUUGUUGGACGAUGCAAAGACGGGAUGGUGAUCGAGCACAAGUAGCUGCAGCUACAGCUACAGCAUUUGUCCAGUCAUCCUUCCUCGUCGAACACAGGUUUAGCCGACAAACCCCGGCAUACCCUCUGACUUUGUAGUACGUUCCCGGCAAUCAAUGUAUGGAUGUUCAUGUUUCAUACGAUUGCGGCGAGAUGGUUUAUUUCGGAGAGUAGGCGCCCCCUGCCCUCCCUCCCCCCUUGUGCUCUGCCAAGCGUUGUUUUGUUUUGGUGUUUUGUUUUGUUGGAUAGAAGAUGUGGUCGUCAUGGCCGCUAUUGGCAACUAGUGGGACCCGUUCCUGGUGUGUGUGUGUGUGUUUGUUUUUUUGUGGUUACCACGAAAGUCCCGUGUGUGUGUGUGUCGCACUACUGUAGUAGUCCCGGUGCUACGACAGCAGUUAGUUCAGUGUGGCAAGUGAUGUGGAGAGCUGAUUCUGCUACUUGCAUGCGAAGGGCUGCUUUUUGAGGUGGUGGUGUUGCGCUUGUCUGUGGCGACAUAGAUAGAUGGGUCGGUCCAACGAGCACUCCUUCAAGUGCCAGUGGUGUGAGUCGACAGAGGUUUUUGUUUUACGCAACUCGGAGGGCGAGACCAUCAUUUGCAGGACGUAGGAAACAUGUGUGUGUGUGUGUGCGUGUGUUUUUUAUUUUUCAUUAGCAGCAUCGACCGCGCUACCGACUGACCGUUGAACGACUCAAUCAAGUGUCCGUGCGGUUAACCCCGGGAAGUGCUUCUUAAUGCCUGAUCUGGGGCCUCGUGAUGGGGGGUCACGGGGGGGGGCUAGACAAUUCUCCGGUGUGUGUGUGUGUGUGUCGUUGGUAUUAGCAUCCACCAGGCUACCUGACUGACCAUUCAUAGACGCCAGUCUCAGUGCGGCUAAAUCCGGGAAAUGCUUCUAAAUGCCAUGAUCUGGGGCCUCGUGAGGGGGGGUCAGGGGGGGGGCUAGGCUAUUCUCCGGAGAGUGUG